AUGUCUGCCUCCAAGCCCGUGAUCCUCCUCAUCUCAGGAGGCUGGCACGUUCCCACCUCAUACGACAAGCUCACCAAUCUUCUCAAGUCAUCCGGGCACGAAGUCCACGUCCCAGAGCUACCCUCAAUGAACGGCGCGCGGCCCCCAACAGCCGAUCUAGAAACCGACACAACUGCUUUUCGCGAAUACGCAUUGAACCUCGCCAACGCUGGCAAAAAUGUCAUUGUGAUCUCCCAUUCCUACGGCGGCCAAGUAGCUACCAAUAGUCUUUCGGACCUAGCAAUCUCAAACCGCAGCAAACAAGGCCUACCUGGUGGAGUACUUCAUAUUGUCUCACUCUCUUCGUUCACCAUUACUGAAGGGCGAAGCAUGUUUGACAUCGUGGACCAGUUCGGUCACGCGUCGUUGAUGCCCGUGGCAUUCGAUUUUGCGGAGGAUGGAACGUGCGUGGAUCGCGAUCCUAAGGGUCUGCUUGUUACGCCUGGUCCGGAUGAGUCUGAGUCCGAGGUAGAAUGGUAUUUGGGGACCCUCCAGCGGUGGAAUGGCAAGUGCAUGUACCAGCCUAUUACUGCCGAGCGAGCUGCUUGGAAGGAUAUUCCUGUGACAUGUGUCUUGUCGACUAGAGAUAUGACCGUUCCUGUUGACUACCAGAGGUGGAUGGUGGAUGUGAUGAAGAAGGAGGGGGCAGAGGUUGAGGCUUUUGAGCUGGAUUCGGGCCAUUCGGUUGAUUUUAGUAAGGCGAAGGAAGUGGCUGAGAUUGUGAAUAAUGUGGUGGCUCGCUACGAAGACAAGUGAUGCGAUUGAUUACAAUAUAG